GAGAAAAGCGAUAGCGAAGGGGAGAAAAAAAAUACGGCAAAGAUGAGAAAGUUCGAUCCGUGGCCGGUGUUCUUCAGGCGUGAGUGGAACAGGAACUGGCCUUUCCUUUUCGGUUUCGCCAUUACCGGCACUAUCAUCACCAAAUUUUCCCUUGGUCUCACUGAGGAGGAUGCGAAAAAUUCUCCCUUUGUGCAGAGGCACAAGAAGCACUGAGUCAAUUUGGAACAAACAUGAGGUUUUGGGGGCGGAGUGCGAAUAGACUAGGUGCUUUGGUUGCUAAUUUCGAGUUGUUCUUGACGUCCUAAUUUUUUCAAACUUUUACGGGAAAAGUACCAAUUUUUAUGGAAUUUGCUAAAUAAGUGAAAUUCAAAAGCUGAUUUUCAAUAUAGUGUUAGUAGAUACCAGUAAUACUAAUUUUCCUGCAAGGAUCACUAAUAAGAUGGGCCAAUAAUCCUUCGAUGUAUGUAUAGUGAAUUUCAGUUUCUUACCAAUGAAUUCAUACUAUACAAGUUUUUGUGUUAAAAAGAUGCACACCUUGGAGAAAUGAUAUAUAGUAGCAUGCUCUAUUACGAUCGUUCUUUUGUUUAUUGAGAUUGAGAUCAAGAACUCUUUAAAGAAACAAAUUUGGGUGUGGUCUUUCAUGGAAUAGCCAUAGGUAUUUGUUUCUGCCUACAUGAAGAUGAAUUUGGUUAUUACAGAGGAUCAAGCUGGAUGCUUGGAUAUUAACACCCAAAGAAAAAAUUUGAUUUUUUGACUUGGAUGCUGUUUGUACUCUUGUUGCCUUUAAUAACUAUAAGAUAGAGAAAUCGGGUAACUGAGAUGGAGGUGGUGUUUUUCGCAAGUUUUGCAACAUGACGUGUGCAUGUUGUUUUACUUGUUUAGAGUAACUUUAAAGGUCUCAAUCACUGUAGUUUUUGGUAAGAUGAUCAACG